AAAUUUAACGCUAUAGUUAAACCAAGUUAAACUCCUGUUGCGUCCCACAACUCAUUUUUAACGAAACGUUACCUAAACCUAUAAUCUAUUCGAAGAAACUCUGCAGUAUAGAAUAUGAUUGGUCAAUUUCCAAUAUAAGGGAAAAGAUCGAAGAGACGGAAAUAUUGUUAUUGCACGUAAUAGUAAGGUUAUAAGUUGUAUGAAGUUGUGAAUAUUUCAUUAUAUUUAGUGUUAUUAAAAAUGUCCGAAAUAAAAAAAAGAGAAAGACUUCCAAACUUUUCAAAUACUGAAAAGCUCAAAGUAAUAGAAUUAAUAGAAAAAUAUAAGAACAUAAUAGAAAAUAAAAAAACGGAUAACAUUAAUUUGAAAGAAAAAGAAAAAUGUUGGCUAAAUAUAUCAAAAGAGUAUAAUAGUAGUAAUAACUCAAUAUAUAGAGAUGUAGCUUCCUUAAAAAGCUGUUGGGAUAAUUUAAAAAAGAAAACACGAAAACAUUAUGCUGAAAUUAGAAAUGAAGUUUUCAAGACAGGUGGUGGAAAGAUGAACAUAAAUGAUGAUCCCAUUGCUGAAAGGAUUAAAAGUAUCAUUCAGCCAUCAAUAGAGGGUUUAACAAAUAACUUUGAUAGCGAUAACAUUACAGGCAUCGCAGAAACAAAUACAUCACAAUGCAAUGAAGAAUCAGAAGGUGAAAGCUGUUAUCAAUAUGAGAUACUCGAAGAUUCAAGCAAUUGGACUGAUUGGACACCAACGAAGUUGUGCUCUGAGAAGAGUAAAGAGUUGCAGGUUUCGGACAAUCUUGAAACUGAAGAAACUGAAGAAUUAAUAUUUGAGGAUGUUGAAAGUGUUCUCGAUAAGGAAUCUUCAAAAGAAAACAAUCCAGUAACGAAUAAGUUACCACAAUCAAAUUUAAAGUAUAAAAAAUCGAAAAAGACCAAAGCAGCUGCAAAAAAAACUAAUGAAUUGGAUAUUUUGGUACAAUCCAAAGUAGAACUAAUAGAAAUAAUGAAAGAAGAAAUUAAAAAAAAGUCAGCUUUAGAAAUAAUUAUCUAUAAAACGUUGUUAGAAAAAGAACAGCUUAAUAUUAAAAUUCUGAAAAAACGGUUAAAUUCUGAUAAAGAUUAAAUAAAAUAAUUUUUUCUUUAAUUCUCAUAGUUCUAGUUUGGAUUGUGCCAAAAUAACCGAAUUGUAUCGAAAGCUGCAAUUUUUUUUUUAAUAUAAAAAAGUUUAUAUAUUCGUUGCAAUAUUUUUUUCUUUUUUUUUAUUAGAAUAUUUUAUAGCAGAGAUCACAAUAUUUGUUUUUAUGAAACCUCUGAGGAGAGUCGCUUAAUUUUAUUGUUAGUAUUAAGUUUGUGUAUGUUCCUUUUAUAUAGUUCCUAGUUUUUUAUUUUUUAAUUUCAUUUUGUUUUUUUAUAUUAGAUUUUAUUGCAGGGAUUGCAAAUAUUUAUGUUAGUGUUAAAGUUCUGAGAGUCAUAAAAUGUAAGUAUAUAAGAUUAUUUAUGUAUUCGUAGAAAUAUUCUUUUAAUUUGGUUUUUGCUUUAUUCUUUAUUUUUAAAAAAUUUUUUAUUAAAAUAUAGGAUGAAGGAAUACAAUUACAUUAUUUGUAUUAAUAUGAUAAUCUCUAAAGAGAGUCGCAUCUUUGGUUUUUUUAUUCCUACUAACACAGUUUUGUAGACUUUGUUCACUAAACGAGAAGUCAAAGGACUUUGAUCAGCAGCAAAAUUGGUUGCUUACAUUAAACUAAAAAAAAUAAUGUGUUAUAAAACAUUAAUAUUUUAUGUAUUGAUUUUUAAAAAGUAAAUUAUAACAUAAUUUUUGCAAA